AUGCCCUACAGUCCGACGAAGGAUCUCAAAUUGCUUGCUAGGUCAAGCAAAUCGAUAUAUGGCAUCAGAAACCUCACCCAGACUUCUCAUCAAAGCAUUUCAUUUAAGCUAGUCCAUCGAGGACCAUGCUCUGGGUAUCUCGGCCUAAAAACGCCAAGAACUAUGCUAAUCCUGAGUCUACCAGGUGAGAUCCAAACCAGUCCUCACGUGUAG